AUGGGAAGAAGUUUGCCAAAUCCAGUUGCUUGUAAAGUUUGUGGUGAUCGUUCUUAUGGUAAACAUUAUGGUGUUUAUUGUUGUGAUGGUUGUUCUUGUUUUUUUAAAAGAUCCAUAAGAAGAGGAACACUUUAUACUUGCAUUGCUGGUAAUGGAUCAUGUUUGAUUGAUAAAGCAAGAAGAAAUUGGUGUCCUCAUUGUCGAUUAAAAAAAUGUUUUUCUGUUCAAAUGAAUACAUCAGCUGUUCAAGAAGAACGAGGUCCUCGAAUUAAAAAUCAUCGCAGCAGUACAACAACAACAUCAUCAUCAUCAACUAUACGUGCAGAAAUGACAAAACUACAAUUGAAUCAAAUUGAAAUAUCAUGUUUAGAAACAUUUACUCUUUGUCGUCCAGGUGAUUAA